UGAUGUCAGGGGUUAUAGUCAUGCUGAUAUUUUCACGCUUCAAGAUUCUAUCAUUGCUGCAAAAUCUUCUAUGCGGAUGAAGAGAGUAAAACAAAAACUGGAUUCAGUUCUGAAUGGUUCCAGUGUCUUGCUGCCUGCCCCAUCAUUGCUGUCUCCUCAUUCUAAAGUCAGACUUGCCGGAGGGCCCAGCACACAACUGCAAGCAAUUGGUACAGGCUCAUCGGGUGGUUUUAGCCCAGUUGGACAGCCACUUAGCCGCACACCAUCAAUCAGACUGCAGAUGAUUAACACAGAAGCAAAGGUUUCUUCCUUGAAAGCAGAAGCUGACAGUGGGCUACCUAUUCAGGAAACAGUUGUGGCUCUGUAUGACUACACUGCACAUCGAUCAGAUGAGCUAAGCCUUCAUCGUAGUGACAUUAUCCAUGUGUUAUACAAAGAUAAUGAUAAUUGGUGGUUUGGCAUUAUAGAAAAUGGACAACAGGGUUAUUUUCCAGCAAAUUAUGUGGCUACUGAAAUCCCCUAUGAUGAAGAUCUCACUACAGCAUCAAAGUCACAUUUUACCCAUUCCCAGGAAGUUUCGAAUGCAGAAGGGCCUGAACAGAGUCCCCAAAGGAUGUCGGCGGUCCCCAGCAAGUCAAAGGAUCUGAAAUUUAUGUCACAGCAUGACACAGAUGCAGAUUCACCUGUGACACAAACAAGGCAGAAAGCACGACAGAUGACAAAAUCACCUGAUCUAAGUUCACAGCCAGGAACAUUUCUGAUUGGAUCUGUGGGUUCUGAACGGGAUCUACCAAGACUGGAUCACAGUGUUAAACCAAAAAAGACCAGUUUUAAACAAUCACCUACAGUUGGGAAGACAAACGUUGCAUUUGAGCCAGAUGAAUGAGAGUCAAGACCAUGUCUGUGAAUUUACCUUUACGUCU